AAUUUUUGCUAGGUUUGGGACACCAAGGGCUAUCAUUAGUGAUGGUGGCAGCCACUUUUGUAACAAGUUUUUUGCAGGAUUGCUGAAAAAGUAUGGUGUUACGCACCGGGUUGCAACACCUUACCAUCCACAGACUUCGGGGCAAGUUGAGGUGAGUAACAGACAGAUUAAAGGUAUUCUGGAAAAAACCGUGAAUCCUUCACGUAAGGAUUGGGCUAAUAGGCUGAACGAUGCAUUGUGGGCUUACCGGACAGCCUACAAAACCCCAAUUGGAAUGAGCCCGUACAGGUUAGUUUUUGGUAAACCUUGUCAUUUGCCUGUAGAGUUGGAACACCGAGCCUACUGGGCUAUCAAGGCGCUAAAUUUUGAUCUUAAAGAAGCAGGUUACUUGAGAAAAUUGCAUUUGAAUGAGCUGGAUGAGAUUAGGAAUGAUGCAUACGAGAGUGCGAAAAUUUAUAAAGAACACACUAAACUUUUUCAUGAUAAAUCCAUUUUGAGGAGAGAUUUUAAACCUGGAAUGGAGGUGUUGUUAUAUGACUCUCGUUUGAGGCUUUUUCCAGGGAAGUUAAAAUCUAGGUGGACUGGACCGUUUUUGAUUCGCCAAGUUUUUUCCCAUGGUGCAAUUGAACUUGAAAAUCCGAAAUCUGGGAAUGUUUUUAAGGUGAACGGUCAACGAGUGAAGCGAUAUUUGAAAAGUGAAGAUGUAGUCGAGCAAGUUGAGUGUCUUGAGCUUCGGGAAUACCGUUGCUCAUGUUGUGUCUAGUCACAGUUUCUAAAAAAAAAAAACUUUUAUUCUGUUUCCCCUUUCCCCAUUCUUUUCUUUUCUUUCUUUGUUUCUUAGUUUUGCAGGUUACUUCUCAAGUUGUUAAAGUUUUAGUUUGAAGCGCUUUCAGGGAGUAUUUCUUUUCCUUUGUCUUUUUAUUAUUUCUCCAUUGAGGACAAUGUUUGAGAUAGGUGUGGGGGAGGAGUAACUCUCAGUUUUUAGUUCUAUUUUAGUUUCAGAAUCACAAAAAAAAAAACUGCUUUUAAAAAAAAAAACUGUUUUUCUUGCUUGGAGUUGAGGAAAAUUUAAUUUCAGGAUUACUUUUUUGGCUUCAAGCUGUGAGAAGUUUCCCUUUCAUUGGUAUGUGGUAUGAUUGGUGGUCUCCGUGAUAGAGUUCCUCUUGAAUUUGAAUGAGUCCUUCACAUUGUUUUACUUGGAGUCAAUUUCUUAGCUUCUUGUGUCAUUAACCUUGAUGUAUUUUUCAAUUCUUUAUGACCUCUUAGGAUGCAUCUCUAACGUUCUUGGAAAGAGUGUGAGUCCUAUGUCUUUUAGCUAGCAUGAUAGAACUUGUCUUGUGCUCUUUUGGAAGCUAAAUUAUUG